AUGUUUUAUUCUGGAGGUCUGCAGGAGGGUAUUGCUGAUGCUGUUUGCCAAGGGAAAGCCGUGGUUUGCUUUGUUCGAGAUGACAGCGAGGCGAGCUCGACGUGGGAGAAUGAGUAUUUCACGGAUAGCGAGUUCGCGCAACUCCUCGAGUCAACAUCUGUCCUGUUGCGACUCACCAAGGAUAGUCAGGAAGCGGGCUUCUUGACAUCUUUCUGCCCUGUUACGAAGUUUCCGGCUGUUGUUGUCAUCAAGCAUGGAACCCUGCGAGAGUAUAUCAUUCCGGAUAUUGAGAAGGAGGGCUUUCAGGAGCGGUUGAGAGCUGCGGUUGCCGAUGCGGAUGCUCAGUCUCAGGCGCCGACGCAGUCGAUAGGACAGAGUAGUUCUGCGGCAACGACGCAUACGGCUGCGCCGGUUUCUGGACCAGAGCCGACGACAGCGUCUACAACGACACCUCUAUCUGAACCCACACCUGUCUCUCCUGCUUCGGUGCCAGCGGCGCUUCGACAUCAACCCGCCGAGUCGACACAAUCGCCCCAGCAGCAGGGAGACGAAGCAACGGCGGGAAAGAAGACGCAGAAACUAGAACCGUCUCAAUCACCUUCGACAAAGACAACAAAGAAGCCUGCACCUCUGCCCCAAAAGAAGGAAGCUGCACCCGCUCCCAAGAUUACUAUCAAGAAGCACGACAAACCAGCAACAUCCUCACGAACCCUGAGCGUCGACAUGCCGACCCCCCCUCCCCCUGAAACGGAGCAAGAGCCCGCACCCAAACCCCAGCCAACGCCCCCACGACAGUACCGUCUUCAAGUCCGACUAUUCGACGGAAGUUCCGUGCGCUCAAGCUUUACUCCUUCGCAGACCAUUCGCGGAGACGUACGCCCCUGGGUUGACAGCCAGCUGGAGGAGAAACGCCCCUACAACCUCAAGCACAUCCUAACCCCUCUCCCGAACCGAACCCUCACUAUCGCCGAGGAGGAACAGGCGCUCGCAGAACUAGGUCUUGGGUCGACGGCGAACCUCGUCAUGGUUCCGAUCAACACCUACACGGAGGCGUAUUCAACAUCCGGGGCUAGUCUCCCUGUCCGCGCCGUCUCGUCCGCCUACGGGCUUGUGUCGUCUGUUGUCGGGACCGCUACAGGUCUCGUCGGAUCCUUGCUCGGCUACGGCCAGCCAUCACCAGCACCUCAGACGGCGCCGUCGACCGGUUCUGCUCAGCCCGGGACUUCGACCCCGCCAGGCGCAGCGAGACCGCGCCCAACCGGGUCCGGGGGACUCAAUAUCCGGACAUUACACGAUCAGCGUGAAGAGCGGGAUGACAGCCAGUUGUACAACGGGAAUCAGCUUAAUUUCCAACCUCGACGGGAUGAAAACGGACGACCCUUGCAAUAG